AUGUUUAAGGUCAUGAGGGAGAGAAAUAUGGAUAUGGAUACUGGUGUUUAUAACAUCAUCAUCCAUGGAAUGUGCAAAGCGGGUAAGUUGGAGGAAGCAUGGAAUCUAUUCACUGAUCUCCUCCUCAGUGGUUUGCAGCCUGAUGUUAAAACUUAUAAUAUGAUGAUCAGAUUCAGCACGUUUUGGAGGGCUGAAAAAUUAUAUGCAGAGAUGCUCAGUAGAGGUAUAGUCCCCGAUACUAUCACCUAUAUCUCAAUGAUCCAUGGACUCUGCAAGCAGAACAACCUAGCUGAGGCUAGGAAGGUGUUUGAUUCCAUGGAUAGCAAGAGCUGUUCGACUUAUAAUACACUCAUUAAUGGCUACUGCAAAGCAAGAAGGGUUGAUGAUGGGAUGGAUCUUUUCUGCGAGAUGUAUCAAAGAGGAAUAGUUGCUAAUAUAAUUACUUACACCACUUUGGUUUAUGGUUUUCGUCAAGUGGGUGAUUUUAAAACUGCCUUAGACAUUUUCCAGGAGAUGGUUUCUAAUGGGAUGCAUUCUAGUUCCAUAACUUUCCGCGAUAUUCUGCCCGAUUUAUGCAGUAAGAAGGAACUACAAAAGGCAGUGGCAAUGCUAGUGGAUCUGCAGAAGAGUGAGGUGGUAUGUCCUCAAAGAAUGUACGCCUCUGAUUUUGGUGUAAUUUGUAAAUUUGGCGUAAAGUACAAAACAGACAUAUUAAAAGUCGAACUAAUAUAGAAUUCACAAAUGUG